AUGUAUUUCAGGCGGAGAGAUGGAGCAUUGGUGCUGCCAAUACGUGUGAAUAUCGUUGAAGUGUUCUUAUCCCACCUCGAAAGCCCUCACUGCCGAAAAGAGGUAAAGCAGGUGGUUACAAUCGAUCAGCGAAAAACUGUCCGAUUACUAAGCAAAGGAACCUGUCACUUCCAGUUCGCUAUGAAACAAAAGAUCGAUCUCAAAGAAAAUCCCCUCGGCAUUGGAAAAGAAAUCAUGAUUGACUAA